AUGCGUGUAGGCACCUCGGAUGCUGCACUGCGUGGAAACGAGGAGUCUGUGAUUUGGUCCCCCAAGUUUCUGCUAUCCCCUCCUUUCGACAUCGACACUACUACAUCGACAUCCGUUAUUAAGAUGAAGUUCACUGCUGCCACGAGUAUCUUGGUCCUCCUUGCAGGCUAUGUGUCCGCACAAGGCGCGACGUCGUUCACGCAGCCAGUCGAAACGACCUUGGAUGAGCCAUCAGCAACUCCAACCUUGCCCGGUGGGACCACAGCCGAGUCGUCUCUAAUUGUGGACCCGACAGUGGGCUCGUCGUCCAUUGAUACCGAACUGCCUAUCACGGAGUCAACCGACAGCUUGGUCACCAUCCAGACCUCUCUGCCUGGCACCGACUCCACGUCCUUGCCACCCAUCUCCGUCACUUCAACGCCGUUGACCACCGCCUCCGUCAGCCGUUCGACAUUGCUCCCAGCUAGCGGCACUACGACCUCCAGCGCACCAAACCAGUCGCAAACAGGCAACUCAGCUGCUGGCAUGACGGGCAACGGUGUGGCAGUUGGCGCAAUUGGCCUCGCGCUUGGGUUGAUGCUGUAA